AUGCCCAAAAUCAUCCUCUCAAUCAACGCCGGCUCCUCCUCCGUCAAAGUCUCCGUCUUCUCUUACAACUCCCCCACCACCGCUCCCACCCAACUCGCCGUGAUCCAAAUCGCCGGCCUGACCGCACCCCCCGCCACCCUCUCGUACAGCCACAAAGACACCAACAUCAAAGACCAACAAAUCCCCAACAUCAAUGGCCCCGAGGACGCAUACCAACACAUCCUCAACCAUCUAAUACAAGACAAAUCAUUGACCGAACUGAACCACCCAGACGACGUCGAAUUCGCCACCCACCGCGUCGUCCACGGCGGUUCUUAUUCGACACCAGUCCGGAUCGACCAGGAUACAUUCCACCACCUCGAAGCACUCUCGGAUCUCGCACCUUUACACAACGCCGGCGCGCUAGCGAUCGUGCAAGCCGUGCACAAGGCCUGUCCGAAGACGACGAACAUCGCCUUCUUCGACUCGGCGUUCCACGCCACCCUUCCGGAACCCGUGCGGACGUAUGCCAUUGACCCGGAGAAAGCGGCGAAGAAUGGGUUGCGGAAGUAUGGGUUCCAUGGGCUGUCUUAUGCUUAUAUCACGCGCACCGUGGCCGAGUACCUGAAGAAACCAGCUGCGGAGACGAAUCUCAUCGCCCUCCAUCUCGGUUCCGGCGCCAGCGCCUGCUGUAUCCGUGGCGGCGAAAGCAUAGACACAUCAAUGGGUCUCACGCCCCUCGCGGGCCUCCCAGGCGCCACGCGAAGCGGCGACGUAGAUCCCAGCUUGAUCUUCCACAUGACGCACGACGCGGGCAAACUCUCCGUCAGCUCGACGAAAGAACUGCACAUCACGCAGGCGGAGCAGAUUCUCAACAAAGAGAGCGGGUGGAAAGCUAUGACGGGCACCACGGACUUUGGGGAGAUAAGCAAGAAAGCCGAGGAAGGGGAUGAGCGGUGUAAACUGGUGGUGGAGAUGUUGGUGGAUCGGAUCGUGGGGUUUGUGGGGAGUUAUUAUGUCAAGUUGGGCGGGAAAGUGGAUGCGUUGGUGUUUGCGGGCGGGAUUGGGGAGAAAGGGGUGGGUUUGAGGAGGAUGGUUGUGGAGAGGGUGGGGUGUUUGGGGUUUGAGAUUGAUGGGGAGGCGAAUGGGAAGCCGAAGGAUGAGGUUGUGGCGGAGGUGGGCAGGAAGAGAGAGGGCGGUGGGAAGGUGUUCAUUGUGAAGACGGAUGAGCAGGCGGAGAUGGCGGGGCAGUGCGUGAAGGAGAGUGAGGGGCUGAGAAGGCCGAAGGACAGCUAG